GGGGAGAGAGAGGGGAGAUGAUUUCCUUCAUGGUUCGGCUGUUUAUGAUUAUCUUACCCAUGCAGCAACAUUAUGGAAACACACAUCUGCGUUAAAGGCUAUCAUGUACUUUAGCCCGGUCUGUUUUUCGCUCUCCUUGUCAUUCUAGACUAGACAUCCUCUGCAGAAUAGUGGAAGAGGGAUGAGCAAGGGGUAGCAGCUGUGAGUUUAGCCUUCCGUUGAGUGGUUGCUGAUGCUAACUGCUCUAGGGAUGGUCAGUUUUGGCAUAGUGGGGUGUUAACAAAACAGUGUUGCUCUGACCCGUUGAUGUACUCCUACCACAUAAAUAAAAGAAGCCACUAUGAAACGUUCUAAUGGUUAUUAUUGUAAUAUUGUAUGCCUAUUGUUUUCAUUAUAUCUGACAUGAGAUUGUAGGUGUUGGGUAGACCGGUAAAGAUCAUGUUGAUUAAACAAUACUUCGCAGGGUGCAAUGGGUUCAUUAUUACGAAUCCCAUGGUUGAAAGAAACUCGGCAGCUCGUGGACCGUUAUUUGGGGGUUGUGCUGUCCAUGAAAAACUUGAGACGUCCCUACCCUUACCCUAGAACUAACCAUAACCUUUACCUAACAUGAACCCCAAUCUUACCAGUUGUAAACGUCAACUUCAAAGGGAGUUGGGACGUCCCAAUGAUCCCGUUUAGACUAUUCCGUUAUUUUGGGGUUUCAAUAGUUAGAGGUAAGUAAAGUUAGCCAAAGUUGUCAUUUAUUUUGCUUAAACAUUUGAGUAUGGAGGUAAGACCAGUGAAGCAUGAUCGGUGUCAUUAUGAAAACAGGGGUAUCUGUCACAUUAUUAGGCUAAAUGUAAAACAUUUGUGAACAGUUUAGCUAGCUAGGCUAACGUUAAUAGAUAAUUAAUGUAACGCUAACGUAAGCCAACAAUGCGCACUGUUUCAGAUCAAUAGCUAGCCAUCUAGCUAGUUAUGACAAACAAUCCGCUAGCUAGAUGCAACGUCUUGUAGCCAGCUAAUAAUAUGGGUCAAUAUUGGAAUGAAGAAGCUCUGGCUCAUGAUUGAUUGCGGUUUGACUUAGCUGGUCCAUGACAACACGUCUGCUUGUUCAUCACCUGCUGCAUACAUGAAGCAUCGAGUGACAAGUGCACACUGCCAACACCAACUCAAUUAUAAUGUAACGCACAUAGACAAAUAAAUAUAGUGUACACAACCAGGUACGGUGUGAGUGUAAAGCUGGUGUACUGUUUGCCGUAGUGAAUUUAACGGCCCACACACUAUUCUGUAUUAGCUCUGCUCACGACCCAAGUGACGUAGAGAGAGUAUUCUACGUCACUGAAAGGGAAGCAACGCAACCCAUCUUCAGAAGCGCCAAGCAAGCAUGUGUGGUCCACCACUAUGAUGUCCUCUAAUAUACUGUUGCUAAGGAAAUGGAUGAAAUGAAUGGCUUCCCUAAGGCUGAAAUCCUCAUCGCCCCCUCCUCACCCCGUGUUUUUGUGUGUUUACAGAAAUCACUGCGAACAACCUGACGCGUCAAAAAGGAGCUCUGCACCAGCCGAGUCCAUUGGAGCCGGCACUGAGGAACUGAGUCGUCGGCUGCUGCCAGCUCUAGCACCAGAAUCCUCUACAGCCGUCUGGGGUGAGGAGCCGAGGUGCCUGGCUGGGGCUGGGUGGAUGGUAACUGGAGGAAUAGGGGGCCACGGCAGAAGGAGGAGAAUGGCAUCCACAGGCAUGCAGAUCUUUGCCUUCGUCCUGGCGCUGCUGGGCAUCAUGGGGGCCAUGAUGGCUACGCUGCUGCCCAAUUGGAAGGUGAGCGCCGAUGUAGGCUCCAACAUCAUCACGGCCAUCUCCCAGAUGCAGGGGCUGUGGAUGGACUGCACCUGGUACAGCACCGGCAUGUUCAGCUGCACCUUGAAGUACUCGGUACUGUCGCUGCCCGCCUACCUGCAAACUGCCCGCACCACCAUGGUGCUGUCCUGUGUGAUGGCUGCCAUGGGCCUGUGCCUGGCAUCCCUGGGGCUCAAAUGUACUCGCUGGGGGGGCGGCCGGCGCGCCAAGAGGCACGCGGCCAUCGCCAGCGGGGGCUGCUUCAUCGCCGCCGGCUUCCUGUGCCUGGUGCCUGCUUCCUGGUUCACCAAAGAGGUCAUCACUAACUUCCUGGACCGCAGCGUGCACGAGAGCAAUAAGUUUGAGCCUGGGGGCGCCGUGUACGUGGCCUUCCUGUCGGCAGGCUUCCUCUUUGUGGGGGGGUCCAUCUUCUGCGUGUCGUGCUCGGGGAAGAGGCCCGGCCACCAGGACAUGAUCUUGCUGCCGCCCCCUGAUAAACUCUUACUGCAGCAGCAACAGCACCUCCUACAGCAACAGCAGCAGGACCAGCUCCAGCACCAGUACUGCUCCCUCUCCCCACUAGACAAUAAAACAGGCUACAGUCUGCAGGACUAUGUGUAGGCUAAAGCAACACUGCACGCCAUGCGCUACUGUUAGGCAGUUUGGGAAAACCGCUGCCUCUUACAUGUAGUUCACCAACCAACCAAGCUCUUAAAGAGGAGGAGAUGAGAGAGGAGGGGGAAGGACUUUGAGGGUGGGUUUUUUCUCCCCCCCCCCCCAUUGUAGCUCUCUCUCUCCCCUCUUUCUUUGCUUUCUGUUCUAUGAGCACAAGCAGUGGAGGUAUUCCCUGAGCAGCUCCUUGGAACAGACAGACGGAUGGUGAAUGUGAAAAGCAGCGCAGCCGGAGGACGAAGGAAGGCGCUGCAGAAUGGGAGGGGAGCCGCAGCUGAACAAAUGCAGAUACCCCAGCGAUCAUCAGUAAAUCACACGCGUUCCCGGGGGAAUGGGUUAGCUGAUAGCAAGCCUCCUGUUCCUUUCCUUUUCCUCGCCAAAGGUUUGAAUUGAUAAGCAUUCAUUUAGUUUGCUAAGUCGUCAAUAUUGAUAUUAUUGUCUCAAAGAGGCAAUAACAGUACGUGGAAUUCCCUUUUCAUUAGCCAGCCAUUGUAGUUUUCAACCAUCCACAAGAUAUGGUAGUUGUUGGAACUGAUUUAAUAAAUUGUCUUAUUUUUGGUAGCGAAUAGACAUUGAUAUUUUGCCUAAGCAUGCUGUCUGGAGCCUGUCUGUGUAUAAUGCAGAGGAAUGCCUGCCUGGUAGAGAAUGAGACGUACGUAGUGUAACCAAACACAAUGCCUGUGCCUAAAAAGACGUAGUACAUUAUCCUUCCCGGGGAAAUUGUUCAAAAGAGGACUGUCAGGAUGAGUAAGUAGGGUGCUGGGCUAUGGAACAGAACUGUAGACAAACCCACCCCUGGAUCUCACCCUGCAGGUAGAGACACACAGAGAGGGAGAAACGGAGCGAGAGAGAGAGAGAGCCUCCCCCUCCAGCAGAGUGGAAAGUCUGACAUGUUUGUUGCUUUCCCAUUUAGCUCCCAAAACAAGCUGCCUUCUUGGGCUAGGCUACACGCUACUGAUUUCAUGCAUUAGGCAUACAAAAUGAACACACACCCCCACAUACAUACAGUUCACACCCACAUAGAGUACAAACACCCACACACAGAUACAAAACCCCACACAUACACACAGAUACAGAAACCCAAACACAUGCUCAGAAACACACAGAAAUAUACAUGUACCUUUUUGACACACUGGGCUGCAUGUGCUUUUCAUCCUGCUGUCCGCCUCCUCACUGCCAUGGAAACGGAAUCCUGUGCCCUAAUGUCUUCAUUGUCUGGGGUGUGUUUGUGUCCACCAGUGCUUUGAGGUUGGGUAGGGGGGCAUCUCUCUCUCCCUCUGCAUGGCCCCAUAAGCCUUGUGCAGAACCUCAACACACACAGAGCUGCUCCUCUAAUCCCCUUUAUUAGCCCAGUGACAUGAGGCACCAAGCCACUGUUACACCCAGGUCUGUCUGGGAACUGCUCUCUUUUUGUUGUCCUUCCUUAGUGUCUUUCACGUGCAAUUAGGGUUGAUGGGGAAAAUGGCUGUGUUGUGACAAAUCUGGCUGAUUAUUGGAAUUGUAUGAUGGCAUAGAGAGAGGCUUUGAAGGGUCAUGGUUGACUGCAGUGGUGUGGCAGAUUUGCCUCCAAAUCCAGAAAUGGUUUGAGUCAUUCCUCCACAUGUGACUUGCUUACCAAGUCCGUCAGCAGUGCAUAUGCUACCAUGUAAUACCUGCAGGAGACCCUUCAGCUGAAGUUCAAGGACGUUCUGUGCCAUUCUGUUCUUUCCUUCCUGUCAAUAUCUAUUUUACCACUUCUCUCUACCUAUAUCCCCCUUUUACUGAAGUCACGUGGACUUUCUCUUUGACUGACAGGGAACACUUUUGCAUGUUGAGAGCAUGCUGGCCAACACACACACUGACACACCACCCCUGCUGCCUACUCAUAUGUCAAGGGUGCUAUUGCACAUUAACACAGUCACAUUCUCAUGUGUGUCUAACACGGCUGAGAGGAGAGGGAGGUAGGUUGUCUCCGGCCUGAAAUGGCUGCUCUGGUGACAGGCCCCGGCAGUGGCCCUCUCAUUCUCUCACACAUUGUUUCCUAUGGGGAGAGCAGAUGGCUAAGCCCAGCUCGACACCUUCAGGCGGCUGCCUGCACAACGGGGGCAUCGCCACAGGCAUCACUUUAGGGCCUGGAAGCCCGGAAGGGGCAGGUUUCACACCCCAAGCAACAUGCCAGGGAUAGAGCAGAGGGGACCGGACGGGCAUCCGUACAGUACAAUAACACACUUCCCCAACCCCUGCCAGACCUUACGAAUGCAAUAAAUGAAGACAAGAAUGUGAAUGUGCCCUCGUUAACAAACUGAACACAUACAACACAUACAGUGCCUAUCAAAAGUUGACACACCUAAGUAUUCUGGGGGUUUUUCUUUAAAAUUUUCUACAUUGUAGAAUAUGAGUUAAGACAUCAAAACUAUUAAAUAACACAUAUGGAAUCAUGUAGUAACCACAAAAAGUGUAACAAAUCAAAAUAUAUUUUAUAUUUGAGAUUCUUUAAAGUAGCCACCCUUUGCCUUGAUGAGAGCUUUGCACACUCUUGGCAUUCUCUCAACCAGCUUCAUGAGGAAUGCUUUUCCAACAGUCUUGAAGGAGUUCCCACGUAUGCUGAGCACUUGUUGGCUGCUUUUCCUUAACUCUGUGGUCCAAUUCAUCCCAAACCAUCUCAAUUGGGUUGAGGUUGGGUGAUUGUGGAGGCCAGGUCAUCUGAUACAGUACAUUCACUCUCCUUGGUCAAAUAGCCCUUACACAGCCUGGAGGUGUGUUUUGGGUCAUUGUCCUGUUAAAAAACAAAUGAUAGCAGGACUAAGUGCAAAUCAGAUGGUAAGGUGUAUCGCUGCAGAAUGCUAUGGUACCCAUGCUGGUUAAGUGUGCCUUGAAUUCUAAAUAAAUUACAGACAGUGUCACCAGCAAAGCACCCCACACCAUCACUCCUCCACGCUUCACGGUGGGAACCACACAUGUGGAGAUCAUCCACGUCUCACAAAGACACGGCAGUUGGAACCAAAAAUCUCAAAUUUGACUCAUCAGACCAAAGAACAUAUUUCCACUGGUCUGAUGUCCAUUGCUUGUGUUUCUUGGCCCAAGCAAGUUUAUUCUUCUUAUUGGUGUCCUUUAGUAGUGGUUUCAAAUCAAGUCUGAUGAACAGUUGAUGUUGAGAUGUCUGUUACUUGAACUCUGUGAAGCAUUUAUUUGGGCUGCAAUUUCUGAGGCUGGUAACUCUAAAUGUUUGAUUUAUUUUACCUUAAUUUAACUAGGCAAGUCAGUUAACAACAAAUUCUUAUUUUCAAUGACGGCCUAGGAACAGUGGGUUAACUGCCUUGUUCAGGGGCAGAAAGACAGAUUUUUACCUUGUCAGCUCGGGGAUUCGAUCAUGCAACCUUUCAGUUACAAGUCCAACGCUCUAACCACUAGGCUACCUGCCGCCCCUAAUGAACUUAUCCUCUGCAGCAGAGGUAACUCUGGGUCUUCUUUUCCUGUGGCGGUCCUCACGAGAGGGAGGUUUUUGCGACUGCACUUGGAAGAAACCUUCAAAGUUCUUGACAUUUUAUGUAUUGACUGACCUUCAUGUAAUGAUGGACUGUCAUUUCUCUUUGCUUAUUUGAGCUGUUCUUGCCAAAAUAUGGACUUGGUCUUUUACCAAAUAGGGCUAUCUUCUGUAUACCACCCCUACCUUGUCACAACAACUGACUGGCUCAAAUACAUUAAGAAGAAAUUUCACAAAUUAACUUUUAAUAAGCCACGCCUGUUAAUUGAAAUGCAUUCCAGGCGACUACCUCAUGAAGCUGGUUGAGAGAAUGCCAAGCAUGUGCAAAGCUGUCAUCAAGGCAAAGGAUGGCUACUUAAAAUAAUUUGUUUCACACUUUUCUGGUUACUACAUGAUUCCAUAUGUGUUAUUUCAUAGUUUUGAAGAAAAUAGUACAAAUAAAGAAAAACCCUUGAAUGAGUAGGUGUCCAAACUUUUGACUGGUACUGUAUGUGUUUGAGAAAGUGCCAAAUCGACUCAUGUCAAGUUUGAUCCAGUGUUGUACUUCAUGCGGUUUACUUUUUAUUGUACGUGUUUGUAUAUAAAUUCUAUAUUCGCAAAUGUUUUAUGGAUUCAUUGUUUGUUGUGCAAGACUAAGUUGAGUAAACUAGGCAAUCGUUUACAGUAGGAUGCAGCUUUCCAGCGUUGGCUUUUCAACCUUAUUAUUCCAAAGCACACAAUUCCAGAGGCAUAAACAAUUUGACUUUAAAAUCGGGAAAGGCUUGCACACGUUAUUGUUUUUGUAAUGUUUAAAUCAUGCUUCAGGAUUUCCUCAUUACAACUCUGCAGAUAACUGUACACAUUUGUCUAGGAUAUUUGUGGACCUAAUUAUAAAAACAUUUUUCUGGCAAGCUAACAUGCUUUCCUAUUUUGUUCUAAUGUCUUACACUAUCUUCUUCACUACUCAAUUGCACCUUUGCUUGUGUUACCUUGUUUGACAGCAGUUUGUUUCAAGUGGCUGAGCAUUGCAACGUCCUCUGGACCGGUUCAAGUGUACAUAACACAACUGGCAGUCUGAAAAACAGUAAAGCCAUUUCUGUCUGAUACGAUUUGAGCCGGUCAAUGUGAGCUGGAGGUUUGUUUCGUUAUAUAGAUGUGCAGCCUGUUCAUCAGCCAGCGCACCAUUUCAUUAGCUUCAAAUUGCCUGGGAACAAAGAACAGCCUCUAGAUGUCUAAACAGUUGCCACUCUCCAGCAGAAACCAAUACAAGAGUUAUCAUUUUGAUAAUUGCAGCUUAUUUUUGUGGAUGCACUUCUUAAAUUUGCCAGAGGAUUAUCAACAGUUCAGUGUUCUGGUGACUGUUGUCUCAAUGUGCUUGUGCAAGUAGGCUAGUUAUAAUUUUUAAUAAUAAAACUAUUUUGUGGAAGCAACACGCCUUUAUUCAAUCGUGUGUGUGUGUUUGGGUGUGAGAACAGUUGGGGAUGGUAUGGGUUGUACUGCGCAUAGGCAGUGUUGCAGUCAGGCUGUUCAGUGUUCCUAUAGCCCCUAAACAGUUGGGGAUGGUAUGGGUUGUACUGCGCAUAGGCAGUGUUGCAGUCAGGCUGUUCAGUGUUCCUAUAGCCCCUAAACAGUUGGGGAUGGUAUGGGUUGUACUGUGCAUAGGCAGGGUCGCAGUCAGGCUGUUCAGUGUUCCUAUAGCCCCUAAACAGUUGGGGAUGGUAUGGGUUGUACUGCGCAUAGGCAGGGUUGCAGUCAGGCUGUUCAGUGUUCCUAUAGCCCCUAAACAGUUGGGGAUGGUAUGGGUUGUACUGCGCAUAGGCAGGGUUGCAGUCAGGCUGUUCAGUGUUCCUAUAGCCCCUAAACAGUUGGGGAUGGUAUGGGUUGUACUGCGCAUAGGCAGUGUUGCAGUCAGGCUGUUCAGUGUUCCUAUAGCCCCUAAACAGUUGGGGAUGGUAUGGGUUGUACUGCGCAUAGGCAGGGUUGCAGUCAGGCUGUUCAGUGUUCCUAUAGCCCCUAAACAGUUGGGGAUGGUAUGGGUUGUACUGUGCAUAGGCAGGGUUGCAGUCAGGCUGUUCAGUGUUCCUAUAGCCCCUAAACAGUUGGGGAUGGUAUGGGUUGUACUGUGCAUAGGCAGGGUUGCAGUCAGGCUGUUCAGUGUUCCUAUAGCCCCUAAACAGUUGGGGAUGGUAUGGGUUGUACUGCGCAUAGGCAGGGUUGCAGUCAGGCUGUUCAGUGUUCCUAUAGCCCCUAAACAGUUGGGGAUGGUAUGGGUUGUACUGUGCAUAGGCAGGGUUGCAGUCAGGCUGUUCAGUGUUCCUAUAGCCCCUAAACAGUUGGGGAUGGUAUGGGUUGUACUGCGCAUAGGCAGGGUUGCAGUCAGGCUGUUCAGUGUUCCUAUAGCCCCUAAACAGUUGGGGAUGGUAUGGGUUGUACUGUGCAUAGGCAGGGUUGCAGUCAGGCUGUUCAGUGUUCCUAUAGCCCCUAAAUAGAUGUCUAUCUACACACACACACACACACACACAAAUGUUGAAGUCGGUAGUUUACAUACACUUAUGUUGGAG